AUGUUGGAACGCACCCAAAUGAUAACCCGAGAGGCCAUCGCCGAAGCGGAGGCCUCCGAGGACCUUGACGACGACGACAUCUUCUCCGGCAAGCCCUCCGACUGGGAGUACGACGCAUCCACCGAAGAGGUAAGGCACGACAGCGAGGAGGCGGAGGCCGGCCGGGAGGGACUCCAGGACGAAGGCCACGAGGGGGAGGAGAACCCCCCCACCCCGAUCCUCGACGCCUACGAAAAGUCCAGGGACCCCGCGGAGAUGGAGCGGCUGAUCGCCCUGGCGUUCGACUCUCUCCCCGAGCGCGCCGGGCCGCAGAGUAAUGCAGCCGUGAGGGCAGAAUUGGGGAUCCAAUCCCUACGGUCGGGAAGAGACGCGAGGAAGCUGACCUGGCAGUAUCGCAUGUGCGGGAUGGGAGAGGAGAGGUUGCCGAGAAUUGUAUGGGAGGCGAAGUGGGCAAACAAAAAGAGGGGUAGACAACCCACGGAAUGGGUCAAGGUUGUAGAGGACGUAUGGAAGGGGUUCGACAUCGGCGAAGAUGAAACGCUGGAAACGGAGGGUCCACAGGGGUUCAAGGAGAAGAUAUCUGUUGCUUGUGCCGAGAGAGAAGAACAGAAUCUGAGGAAAGAAUGCAAGGAUAAGGAGGGUCUAGAAGUGUACGGAAUGUUGAAGGAAGGAAUAGGGUUCAAGGACUACCUACAUGGACCAAUGGAUGCAGGAACAAAGCUUAAGGUCAAAUUCAGGACCGGGGACAUAGGCCUUCGAGAACGUCGACGAAGACAUAGGACGGUAGACGAGGAAGACGACGAGUUCAAAUGUGAUUGCGGCUUCGAAUGCGAAGACCGUGUUCAUGUAGUCGCGGAAUGUCCGUUGUACAAGAAGGAGAGGGAAGUGUACGUGACUGAGCUGGGAAAAAUAGAUGGAACGUACAGGGAGAUGUUUGAGGCAUGGAAUAGAGAGGAAAGGACGGUAGCUGUACUGGGGCAUAGGAGGUGGGUUGAAAAGGCGGGAAGGGAUAUCGUUAGGAUAGACAGACUAGGGAAGACAUUUUUGAGCCACCUUUGGCAAAGUAGAAAGGAACGAUUGGCCAUCGGUGAUCGGUCCUGUGGUAACAAUGCUCCGUCCUCUCGAGGACGCGUGAACAUCAAGUACAAGGAGAAGGCGCAGCGGACGGCGGCCCACGAGCGCAAGCUGCAGAAGAGAAGGGACCGAAAAGCGCGAGACUUGGCUCUGUUCGCCACCUGGAGAGACAAGGGCCCCGCCGAGGAGAGUGCAGACGCGGUUGGACGCUCGUAGAAGUGCCGUCUUGGACGCUCGUAGAAGUGCCGUCUUGUGCCUCGUGGGGGUGGGUGGGGGUUAUUCUCAAUAGCCGUGCAUGCCGUAGUCGUUUAGACCAUUGACCUCGCAUCCUUAGAAUAAUCCCGGGACGGAGCACGCCGGGUUCUCAACAGACCAGGCUCUCACAUCACCACGGCGAAGCGCCGCAUGGGAGGCGGGAUGUAUUUUGUAGCGUGGUAGACGAAAGCGCGUAGUACUUUUGAGUGCUUUAGCUGUGUGCUCGCCACACUGUUCGUGUGUCUGUGCGUAGGUAGUGCUUAGACCGUUGGAUGUCGUGUGCCAGGUAUCGCAGCAGCACUGCCAACCCUGCACGGGUAGCGAGUAGUAAGAGCGUGCCGGACCCCCCGCAAGCGCAAAACAAGAAUCGCAUCUACCCCGUACCAAAAUACUUGGUUGUCGUGGUUGUCAUCUUGUUUGUUGAUUCGGAUAGUCUUUUGUUUGAAAUUAAAGCGCUGCGCCGCGUCCGCUACCUGGUUCGUGGAAGCCGCGGCAGCAAGCCACGCCACUGUGCCGUCAAGCGGCCGGCUGGUUUAUCGCAGAUUCUGCCAUACCAUACCAUCCAUGGUACAGCGGUACGCGCUUCUGGGUCGUGUCAAAGAGUCCCGAACAAGCGCGGAAGAGGAGUUGUGGCGUCGUGCGUGUUUCUCGAUCACCUCGCUCAGAAGGGUACGGGGGUGCGCGAUGAGAUUUUUCUUUUUUUCUAAUCGAGAAGUGAUUAUCCCGCGGCGGAAAGUGUGACUGGGUGCCUGCUUCCCUUCGUGUUUGUUUUGGGGGCAUUCUUCCUUGGGUCUCACUGCACGUUUGAAGCGAGUGGCGUACCGUGUUU